AUGCUCAUGCACUUUAUUCCCCGAAGAUCUUCGAAAGCAGUUCAAUUUAAUUGGCUGGAGAUUGGCGUUUGGAGAGGCGGUGUGUAUGUCAAGAAAGGCAUUGUCAACGCCCGGACAAAUAAUUCUAAUUUUUACAAGAUGCCGGUGGUGUUCGGCAUUGUAAAAGGUAUGGGUGCUUUGUGCGUCCACGCAUGGGGUAUGGGGUAUGGGGGCAUCAUCGAUUGUUCUCCGGUAACGGAACACGGCAAUAUUUCUGUUCUACAGCUUGAAUACAUGCCGUGGAUCUGUUUAUCAAAGAUAAUGUCAUGUAGCGUGGCAAGUCGACACAGCAACGUGUGGAUAAUGGAUGAGACGAUAGCGCCACUGGUUGGUUGUUUGUAA